AUGAAUUACGGGAUAGAGGCAGAGCCUUCGGAUUUAUUAUUAAAUGAUUUAUAUAAAUUGUAUUAUUACACUUGUAAUAAAGACGUAGAUUUAACGGUUACAGCAAUAUACGAAUAUCUCGACGUUGAACGAUGCGAAGAAAAUACAAUUGAAAUUUCUACAGUACUAGACGUACAUACAGCGAAAAAUAAAAAUCGAUUCGAUGCAUGCCGUCGUUUGAGUAACCAAAGACGAGAAACAGAAUUUCAAAAUAUUGUUCUUCGAAAAAGUGAAUUGAAACAACGGCAAAAUCCACCUAAAAGAACCACACGAGAUUUCAGUUCCGUUGGAACUAAACAAAAGAAAAGAAAAUUGACAGACUUGAAUAAUGAAUUAGACGACUUUGCUAGGGACAAUAGCAUAUCAGUAAAUCAGGUACUCGGCUUUUUAAUCCAACAACGUAACGACCGAGAUAAUAAAAAAUUGGCGGAGAUAGGCAAACAGCCCUAUGAGACUGGAGAUCUGCAAGAUACGAAAAAACAGUUGGACUACGACGAAACAUUAGCUAUGAAGUCGCAUCUAGAACUAAGUCGUAAUCAAGUGGAUUUUCUUAAAGGAUUUUUACAUCCAUAUAUUAAAAUAUCGAAUAGAGAAUAUGUACGGAAUUACUGGAAUGAUCUACUUCCGGCUAUUGCUCCGUGGCGCAAUAACACCGAAAUGCUCAUAGCAGAUAGGGAAACGGUAAUAAUUAUUACGAUAAAGCGACUCAUCGAAAUGCUACGUAAGCAAAAUACCAGUGUACCAACUAAACUCGAAUAUCGAGAAAAGACCGGUCACGACGGAGCCGGUAACAUGUCUAUUUAUAAAUCAAAGGAUACGCCAAUGCAGAAUACGAAUAUUUUUAGUAAAAUGUUCGUACCAUUGUCACUGAAAGAUUCAACGGGAGAGGUUGUAUGGAGAAAUGAAUCUCCUAAUAGUUCACGUCGGUGUCGUCCGUUAGGAUUAAUAGCUGAGAAAGAAUCUACUAAAUUAUUAUGGUUUGUCAAUGGUGUUUUUGAACCAGGAGAGAAGAGUCUAAUGCAAAAUGGCAUCAAAGUCGAAUAUAAUAAUGUAGAAUACGAAGUUAAAAUAGUCAUUGAAAGUAGUAUGAAAGAUUUGAACCUGCGGACGACAGAGUCUGGUCUCAGAGGAGCCGACUGUUUGUUACGACCGACAGACUGA